ACUUUGAGUGUUCCCAUUUUAUAGUGCAAAUUCGUCGAUUUCUCUCAAAUUUUCAGCAAUCAUUCGAAACGUUUUCGUCAAAAGUUUAAGAAUCUUGGGUUAUAUAAUUCUAUGGACAUCCUGGUUGUCUAAAUUAAAGCUUUUUAUUCAAAAUCAAGGAAGAAGAAUGUCGGGAAUACCGUGGGAGAGCGAGGAAAGUCAAAACUACACUCGAGCAGAUUAUAUUGUUACAAAUGCUGUUAGAAAAGAGUUGAGGAAUUUCUUUAUCAAGAAAUGGAACAUACGUUACCAGGCUUCUCUUGGAGCAUGGGAUGAAACCAACGCGAGUGGCAGUCAAUUGUUUAAUCUGGAGAAAACACGAGCAAGGCCAAAUAAGACGACGCUCCAGUCCAAAUUUCAAAAUGGAGAUUCAAAUGAGUGGGAUUGCACUGUACUUUUUGAUGCAAUUCUUUAUUCCAACUCAAUUGGCGCUUGUCUUACUACAGCGGAAAAGACAGAAAUCGAUAAUCUAAGAAAGCUACGAAAUAAAUUAACUCAUGACUUCCCUGAAAAGAAGAUCAAUGAAACUGACUUUCAAGCAGUGACAACAGACGCUGAAAAUGCGUUGACCGCAUUAGGAUUGUCAACAAAUGAAGUUGUUCGAAUAAAGGACCUUUUUGCGUCCUUUGAGGUUCUUCCUGCAAAGCCAACUCAUGAAGUAGUUUCUCGUUCUGACCUGAUAUACAAAUUGAAACAUGACCUUGAAAGAUUGCGCAGCGAUAAUGAUGGUAAACUGACAUAUUUCUAUAUCUCUGGGAAUCCUGGAAGUGGAAAAUCUCAAAUCUCCAGACAGGUUUGUGAAGUUAUAUUCGAAGAAGUAAAUGCAAUGUUUGUGAUGACACUCAACGGAAAAGAUUUAGAUUCACUAUUUUCUUCCUAUGAAGAAUUUUGUCGGAAGUUAAAUUGUAUCGAGAGUGCUUUACAAAGUGUUUCAAGUUCGUCUAAAACAAUAGAAGAAAAAAUCAAAGAUUUAAGAUCACAAAUAUGUUGCAGAAUUAAGAAUUGGAAGAAGUGGUGGAUCAUCGUAGACAAUGUGGAAAACGCAGAGCUUAUAUCUCCUCUACUGCCUCAGAGAGGAGACAAAGGUUGGAAUAACGGCCAAAUUAUUUUGACAACACAAAACACAGACGCUGUACCUGAAGACAGUUUGUCAACUAAGCAUAUUUCACUUAAUCUCGGUAUGAAUGAGCCAGAAUGUCGCCAGCUGCUUGUCCUGUUAUCUGGUAUUGAAGUAAAUGAUCCAUUACUAGAUGAGGUGGCAGAGAGGUUAGAUCGUCAACCUCUGGCCAUGGCUGCGGCAGCUGUGUAUAUGAGACAAGUAAUCAAGAGCUGCCCAAAUUUUUCGUGGCGAGAAUAUUUGGGAAAGCUUGAGAAAGGUAAAAGAGGAUUAACGGAAGAACGUCUUCGGCAGAUGAACUCAGCAGCAUAUUCCUCCACCAUGUCUACAGCAGUGCUUUUAGCUGUUGCAAAAUGUGCAGAAAAUAACACAUUUCUUAAACAUGCAUUCAACCUUUUCUCUUUGAUAUCGUUUGAACCUUUCCCACUUGAUCUUGUUGUAAAAUAUAUUCAGCAGCAAGAAAAUGAGCUCGAUGCUGAGGAUAUAAUUUCUUCAAUAAAACUCUGCUCAUUGUUUGUACUUGUUGACAAACGCGAUUAUAUCCGCCUACAUCGUGUUGUUCAUGAAGCCGUGAAAACAUUUUUUUAUUUGAAGAAAACUGAGAAUGAUGAUAAUUCAAGAAAUUUAAUAUGUACCAUUAAAACAUUGAAUUUUUUCGGCGAGAGGGAAGAUAAAAUCAAAUUAAUUUCGCAUCUAAAAGCAUUUCACAAAAGGAUUAAUGAUACUACGCUUUUUCCUGAUGAAACGCUAUUCGCAAUAAUAAGCUUGAAUUUUGAAAACAUUUGUCGAAUGUAUACGUUUUUUGGGAAUACCCUUUUUCGCUUCUCUGAGUUCGAACUGUCAAUGCAAUUUCAUCAACUGACACUGAAAAUUUGUUUAGAACGAUUAGGGCCGAAUCAUACUGAUGUUGCUACCUCAUACAGCGCAUUGGGUGAUGUGUGUUAUAAGAAAGGUGAUCUGGAACAUGCUAAUGAUUAUUAUCAACGGGCAUUGAAAAUUGAUUUAGAACUAUCAGGGGCGAACCAUACUGACGUUGCUACUUCAUACAGCAAAUUGGGUGAUGUGUGUUAUAAGAAAGGUGAUCUGGAACAUGCUAAUGAUUAUUAUCAACGGGCAUUGAAAAUUGAUUUAGAACUAUCAGGGGCGAACCAUACUCACGUUGCUACUUCAUACAGCAAAUUGGGUGAUGUGUGUUACAAGAAAGGUGAUCUGGAACAUGCUAAUGAUUAUUAUCAACAGGCAUUGAAAAUCUAUUUAGAACGACUAGGGCCGAACCAUACGGACGUUGCUACUUCAUACGGCAAAUUGGGUGAUGUUUGCUUUAAGAAAGGUGAUUUGGAACAUGCUCAUGAUUAUUAUCAACGGGCGCUGGUAAUACGUUUAGAACGAUUAGGACCAAACCAUACUGACGUUGCUACUUCAUACAGCAAAUUGGGUGAUGUUUGCUAUAAGAAAGGUGAUCUGGAACAUGCUAAUGAAUAUUAUCAACGGGCAUUGAAAAUUGAUUUAGAACGAUUAGGGGUGAACCAUACUGACGUUGCUACUUCAUACAGCCAAUUGGGUGAUGUGUGUUACAAGAAAGAUAAUCUGGAACAAGCUAAUGAUUAUUAUCAACGGGCGCUGGUUAUACGUUUAGAACGAUUAGGACCGAACCAUAUUGACGUUGCUACUUCAUACAGCAAAUUGGGUGAUGUGUGUUACAAGAAAGGUGAUCUGGAACAUGCUAAUGAUUAUUAUCAACAGGCGCUGGAAAUUUAUUUAGAACGAUUAGGACCGAACCAUACUGACGUUGCUAUUUCAUACAGCAAAUUGGGUGAUGUUUGCUAUAAGAAAGGUGAUCUGGAACAUGCUAAUGAUUAUUAUCAACGAGCAUUGAAAAUUGAUUUAGAACGUUUAGGGGCGAACCAUACUGAUGUUGCUAAUUCAUACAGCAAAUUGGGUGAUGUGUGUUAUAAGAAGGGUCAUCUUGGACAUGCUAAUGAUUAUUAUCAACGGGCGCUGGAAAUUAAUUUAGAACGAAUAGGUCCGAACCAUAUUGAUGUUGCUACUUCAUACGGCAAAUUGGGCGAUGUUUGCCGUAAGAAAGGUGAUCUGGAACAUGCUAAUGAUUAUUAUCAACAGGCGCUGGUAAUACAUUUAGAACGAUUAGGGCCGAACCAUACUGACGUUGCUACUUCAUACAGCAAAUUGGGUGAUGUUUGCUAUAAGAAAGGGGGUAUGUGGAACAUGCUAAUGAUCAUUAUCAAAGGGCGCUGGUAA